CACCUGAAUGCACCGGGACAGCCCGCCAGGUGUCAGAGUUGACAUCUGAUGUCCGACUAACUAAGUGUGGGAUUCUAAACGAACCAUCCAUCUUCUGUGCCAUCCUCACCAGAUUAUGCUGGAGCCUAUCCCAGGUGACUUCAGAUUUUUCAAAAAUCCUGCAACUAUUUCAACUUUCUUGUUCAUUUUCUUCUUCUAAUCUACUGAGUAAAGAUGAUUCCCUAAUAUUUGGCUUUGUUGUGGUAGGUUCUAGCUUUCUCUCCCAACCUCCCUAAGCAUGUUUCGGCUCUUUGAAGUCCAAAAUAUUCCCACCUGUUGUGUUAGUUUAUGUUUGAGAAAGUGUUAUUCAAAGGUUGACUGAUUCUUCUUUGAAUGGAAACGUUUGAGUGCUCGUUGGAGGUCUGGACGCGACGAGGGCGGAGCAGCUGACAUCACAGCGAGGGAGGGGGGAAAGGGAGAGAGAGAGAGAGAGAGAGGGAGAGAGAAAGGAUGAAGACGAGAGGAGGACUGUCACAUCCAUCCAUCCAUCCAUCCAUCUGGCUGUUGAGAAUCCAAACAUCUAGAGGAGCCGCCCACGCCGAGAAGAAGCCAAACCAGAGGCUGGACAGCGAGCGAGGGAGCAGGAGUCUGGAGCUGAGGCUGAGAAGACGGUCGGGUGAGUGCCUGGGUGUGAGUGAACACCCACCAGAGGAGCCCCUUCUCCUGCUUCUCCUGCUUCUCCUGCUUCUCCAAAACAUCUCUUUGUUCUGGAUUCACAGAGACGCUGAGUGGAGACCAUGUGGUGUUUGACGCUGCUCUUGCCGCUGUUGCUAGUCAUCCACGACGUCAGUUCCCAGUGGACCGUUUGGUUACCGCGGGACAUCUCGGCCAUGACCAACACCUGCGUGGUCAUCCCCUGCACCUUCAUGUACCCGUCCGGCGUCAGGCCGUACCGUGGCGUUCACGGCGUCUGGUACUUCGGCCAGCCCUACCCUCAACUCUUCCCCCCCGUCGUGGCCAAGUCCCGCACGGACGUGGUGCACGAGAGCUACAAGGAUCGCACUAAAUUACUGGGGGACCUCCAGCAGAGGAACUGCACACUUCUCGUCAACAGCGUCGGGCCGGAGCACUCGGGGAGGUACUACUUCCGGGCGGACCUCGGCGGAGCAAACGUGUACACGUUCCCGGACUAUGCUGAGCUCAAAGUUCUGGAACAACCCAACAUCGACGUUCCGGAGGAGAUCGUCAGCGACGAGAGCUUGGAGCUGACGUGCUACGCUCCCGAUAACUGCCCCGACAUGACUCCUGAGAUCCAGUGGAUGUACACGGACUACCUGCCUGACCCCGAGUUCAGCUCGGAAUCGGUGGAGGAGAGCAACACCGCGGUCGUGUCCAGCACCCUGACAUUCACGCCCAGGCCGGUCCACAACGGGCAGCUGCUGGGCUGCAGGGUUUACUACCCCAACACCACCCUGGUCUACGAGAGGCUGGUCUCUCUGGACAUCAAGUACCCCCCACGCUCCGUGUGGGUGAACGUCUCCUCAGAGGUGAUGGAGGGCAGCUCUGCGACGCUGCAUUGCGAGGUGGACAGUAAUCCUGCUCCCAGGAUCUCCUGGAGGUUUGGAGACCAGGAACUGAUGUGGGACACGGAGUCCAACCUGUCCCUGACCCUGAGCGAUGUGACGCCUGCAGAGGAAGGGGUCUACACCUGCAUCGGGGACAACGGCUACGGUGUCAUGAACACGUCUCUCUACCUGGCGGUCAAGUACCCCCCCAGGGAGCCGGUGGUCAACGACUCCUUGACGGUCCUGGAGGGCGCCUCGCUGGCCCUGCACUGCAGCACUCAGGGCAGCCCGGCCCCCACCCUGACCUGGCUGAAGGACGGCCAGCUGGUGGGCACCAUCACGGCGGAUGAGCUGUCGGUGCUGGAGAUCGAGGGCAUCACGCCGCAGGGCGACGGGCUGUACCGCUGCCUGGCGGAGAACGAGCACGGCCGGGCCAGCAGCUCCCUGAACAUCACAGUGGAGUACGCUCCGGUCCUUCUGGAAGAGUCCAAAUGCACCGUGGUGAGGGAGGGGGUCCAGUGCGUCUGCAUGGCCACGGGAAACCCGGAACCCACCAUCGAGUUUUACCUCCCCGACGUGAACGUCACCAUCAACGAAACGGAAGGCCGCUACAACUUCUACACGCACACGGACGGCCAGACCUCCACGGCCAUGAUCAAGCUGCGGGAGAAAGGCGAGCGCGCCAACGAGGGCGGUCCUGCCGUCAACGUCUACUGCAGCAUCUCCAACACGUACGGCAGAGAGAACGUUCUCCUGGAGCUGCAGCAGGAGAAGAAGUACUUGAUGGCCGUGAUCGUCGGCACCAUCGGCGGCGUGGCGGUCAUCGCCUUCAUCAUCGCCGCCGUGAGAUACGUGGGCCACAACAACAAGAAAGAGGAUGGCUACCCUAAGCAGGACGUGGUCCUGGAGAACCCCGCUUUGUACUACAGCGCAGUCAAGAAGGACAAACAAAAUCUCAGGAAGAAAGUGCUUAAGACCGAGCUGUUGGGCUCAAAGUUUAACUCCAUUCUAGAGGAGACCACGGGAGAAGACGGGGAUUUCCAACCUGCGGGCUCUUUGGCUGGAAUGGAGAGGCGAGAGCUGAACUACGCCGCCCUGGAGUUUGGCGGGGCCAGGCCCAGGGAGGGGGCCUCGGGGAGGGGGGACGACGGCAGCAGCUACGCCGAAAUCAAAGCCAAAUGACUCGCCAUCCUUCCCUGAUGCCCGGACCAGGCGAGACGCAGCGGCACACCUCGCCGCCUCAAACUUCUUUUCCUCAGAUGGUCGCCCUUCUUGCCCUCCCCCCGCGCCCCCUGUUUGUCAUGUCUCUGCGUCUGCUGCCGGUCCCGGCCUGAGGGAAGGGAAACGCCUUCUUCUCCUUCUGUCACCCGAGAGGGAUUCCCCCCCGAAGCCCAAAGAGGUCACACCCCCAUGUUCCCUUCUCCCCCCCCCCCCCCCCCACUGAUAUCUGAUGUGACCUUUGGGGGCUUCCGUACGCCCGCCCCAUGACAUUCCAAGCGCUUUGCUUCCGUCUGCUUUUUAUCUUGAUGUCUUGUGUGCCUGAAGCCCGACAGCCCACUAAGCCGUCUCACCUCAUUCCUUCCUACCGCCCCCCCCCCCCCCCCGACCCCCCAUUUUCAAAAUAAAGUCCCCCCUUCUCGUAGCCGUCUCAGGUAAGGCCUCUUAUACUCUAUAAUCAGACAUUUGGAAAAUAAAGUGGAACGUAGAAUUCUAACAAUCUGACAUUAGGAGAAUAAAAUAAUUCUAUUCAAAUCAUCUGAGAUUUUCAGAAUAAAGUCCUACAUUUCUGGGAGUAAUGUAAAAAAUAAACACAGUAUUAAAAUAAUGCGCCAUUUGUGGAACGAAAGCCUCUAUUUGAGCACAUUGACCACUUUGUUUACCGACUGGAGUCGAGGGCAAAGGUCGUAGUGCGUACAUCCACCACCUUAUUCUACACAAUCUACAACUUUAUUCUGAAAACCUCAGAUGAUUUCCUUUCAAAAAGAGACACAAAUACCACCAAGUACAUUCAAGAGGAUUUUUGCAGUAUUUUUGUAUUCCGCCCUUUCUAACACGGACUCACAGCCCAACAAAACAACACUUUGUGUUAUCGUCUGACAAUUUGUGUGCGUCUUGACAUUGUGCUGAAAGACUGGAGGACACGCGUGGCGGGGGUCUUGGGGGGGGGCGGGGUAAAAGAAAAAGCUGUUUAACUAAUGCUCUAAUCCGGUAACCAUGGUGUUGAUAAUAAGCAGCGUGUUAAUAAUCCCACCGUGUUGAUGCUCAGUACUCCUAUCAACUGCCGAGAAAGAUGGCGGCAUCACGUGACUGAAGACACCUUGACUGACAAUGCUCUGGAUCUUGGAAACAUGCUACAUGUGGGAAACAUGCUACAUGUGGGAAGCAUGCUACAUGUGGUGUUUAUGUCCUGUCAGGCAUCAUUAAAGGGGCUUUAA